UUAUAUUAUUAUCUUAGUAUAAAAUACAUAUAGAUAGACAUUGCAAGAUUGAAAGGAACUUAGGAAAAAUGGGUCAUCUUUAUGCAUUAGACUUUGAUGGAGUUCUGUGUGAUACUUGUGGAGAGACUGCUAUCUCUGCCGUCAAGGCAGCCAAGUUGAGAUGGCCAGCAUUGUUUGAUGGUGUGGAUCCAACCGUUGAAGAUUGGAUUGUUCAACAGAUGAUUACAGUGAGGCCAGUGGUGGAAACUGGAUAUGAGACUCUCUUACUUGUGAGAUUAUUGCUUGAGACCAGAGUUCCAUCAAUUCGAAAAUCUUCGGUUGCAGAAGGGCUCACAGUUGAGGGUAUAUUGGAGACAUGGAUCAAAUUGAAGCCUAUUGUGAUGGAAGAAUGGGAUGAGAAUAGAGAUGAACUGAUAGAUCUUUUUGGAAAGGUCAGAGAUGAUUGGUUGCAGAAUGAUUUCUCUGGUUGGAUGGGAGCAAACAGAUUCUAUCCUGGUACUGCUGAUGCACUAAGAUUUGCAAGCUCAAAAGUUUACAUUGUCACCACAAAACAGGGCCGUUUUGCUGAUGCUUUACUGAAAGAGCUUGCUGGAAUCACUUUACCACCAGAAAGAAUAUAUGGUUUAGGAACUGGUCCUAAGGUAGAAAUGCUAAAGAAGCUUCAAAAGAUGCCAGAGCACCAAGGACUGACCCUACAGUAAGAUUUUGCCUUUCAGCUUUGUGGAAGAUAGGCUUG